ACUGCAGCGGUGGCCGAGCGUGAUCGCCUCGUCACCGCAGCGGUGGCCGAGCGUGAUUCGCCCCAUCACUGCAGCGGCGGCCGAGCGUGAUUCACAUUCUGCGCGCCUUCUCCCCGCGACCAAGCCGUGCCGACUCCGCGCCCGGAGAUGCGUCGGUGUCCGCUGCAGCUGCUGGUGCUGGCUCUGGGGGUGGUGGCCUGCCGGGCCUACUCGGGCGGCGCCCCGGCCGUGGCCUGCGGCGACAUGACCCCGGGUCACGGCGUGCCGGCCCAGUCUUCGACCCUACCGUACAGGGUGGUGGUGUCGGAUGUCGCCAUUGCGCCGGGCGACAGGGUGACGGUGACCAUCAGCCGGGAGCACCAGAUGCCCUUUAAAGGCUUCUUCGUUCAGGCGCGCCGCGCAAGCGGGACAGACUCACUGCCGGCGCUGGGCAGCUUCACAGCUGUCCCCGAGUACAAGCUGACCAGUUGCGGCGAGUACAGCGACAACGGCAUCAGCCACCGGGACAGCGCCGACAAGCACUCGGUGUCAGUAGAGUGGGUGGCGCCCGCUGACCUGGCCGAGGACGUCGUGUUCCGCGUCACGCUGGUACAGAGCCGUACCAUCUUCUGGGUCGGGCACGACUCGGCUCGACUGCGUUUGAAGCGCGACGACGACGGGUCUUCGCAGCCGGGCGGCGACGAGCCUCCGCAGCCGGGCGGCGACGAGCCUCCGCAGCCGGGCGGCGAGGGGCGCUAG